ACGCUGCUGUGAACCCUCCCACCGGCAGCCAGUUGGGGUUGGCUUAUAUGCGGAAGUUUCAGUUCCGUUCAGUCCAGUUCACUUCGAAACUGACAACCGACGGACUAAAGCCACGCUUCUUUCUCUGAACGCCCAGACCCGGCUCCAUACGCAAGGUGAAUCAUGAGCAGCAGCUACAGUGUCUCCCUGGCUGGUCCUGCCCCCUGGGGCUUCAGACUGCAAGGAGGGAAGGACUUCUGUCUGCCCCUCACCAUCUCACGGCUGACUGAUGGAGGCAAGGCAGUCCAAGCCAAGAUGUGUGUCGGAGACAUUAUUCUUUCCAUUAAUGGCAUUUCCACAGACAGCAUGAAUCACCUAGAGGCCCAGAACAAGAUUAAGGCCUGCACAGACAGUCUCAACCUCACUCUACAGAGACCCUCCAAUGCCCCUAAAGGUGGAGUGCCUAAGGACGAGCCUCAAGAAAUCAUUAAGCCUGUCCCAAUCACUCACUCUGCCCCAAGCACCACAUACACCAAGCCAUCAAGUCAUCCCAGUCCUGCUUUCAACAAGACACCUCGGCCGUUUGGGGGGGACAGCAGUGCUUCCUCCUCCCCGGCUGCCCCCAAAGUAGCCUCCAUUCCCUCUGAAUCAUCUGCUUUCACGCCAGCUGCCCCCUCUCAGCCACCACAACCUCCGUUUCCGCUGAGAUCCAGCCUCCCUGCCUCAGACUCAGCUCCGGCCAACUCAGUUCCCAGGCCCAGCCCUGCUCGCUCCACCUUCACCUCCCCAUCUGCCUCUUCCUCCUCAUCUAACUCCUCCUCCCCAGCCAGAGUGACAGCCCCCUCUUCCAAUCCCACUGUCCCGCAGCCCUCUGUUUAUAACACACCUAUCAACCUCUACUCUAAUGUCAAUGCUUGUGAGGUGGCUAUGGGACAGAGACGAGGUCUUUUGGAAAGCCAGGGUCUGUCAGAGAACCUCAAUGGGAAACCUGUUGUAGAAGCUGAGAAUCAUGCGUCCCCACUGAGUGAUGCCAGCAAGAAGCGUCUGAUUGAGGACACCGAAGACUGGCACCCACGAACGGGCACCUCCCAGUCCCGCUCCUUCCGUAUCUUGGCCCAGCUCACCGGCACUGAAAAUGAGCAAGUUCCAGAGAACAGUGGAAAGAAUGAGCCGGUUGACAAAACCGCUCCCGUGGUUCACACGUCGCCCGCUGCAAAAACAUUUUCCAAGUCUGCACCAGCACCCAGGAAUGGCAACGUUGUCCCUGCUUCCACAUUCAAGAGCCCUGCGGCCCAGAACAAGCCCUCCUUCCAGCCUAGCGGUCCAUCAGGUUUUCCUAAGGGUGGAGCAGUUCCUUCAUUUGGCAAAGUUACCAAUCCUGCUCCCAAAGGUCCAGACCGCCCCACCCCACAGCCACAUCCAGAGGACCUCAACUCUCUGGUGCAGCGGGCUGAGCACAUACCGGCUGGUACACGGACCCCAAUGUGCAACAAAUGCAACAAUGUCAUCAGGGGCCCGUUCCUUGUGGCCAUGGGCAUGUCAUGGCACCCUGAGGAAUUCAACUGCGCUCAUUGCCACUCCUCCCUGGCAGACCGUGGAUUUGUGGAGGAGAGGGGCCAGGUGUACUGUGAACGCUGCUACGAGCAGUUCUUCGCUCCCACCUGCGCCCGCUGCAACCAGAAGGUUCUUGGGGAAGUCAUGAAUGCCCUGAAACAGACCUGGCAUGUGUCCUGUUUCGUCUGCACUGCCUGCCAACAUCCAAUCAGAGGCAACACGUUUCACAUGGAGGAUGGUCGGCCGUACUGUGAAAAAGACUACUACAACCUGUUUGGGACCAACUGCCAUGGCUGUGACUUCCCCAUCGAAGCAGGGGACAAGUUCCUGGAGGCUCUAGGAUUCACCUGGCAUGACACCUGCUUUGUGUGCGCGGUUUGCUCCACUAACCUGGAAGGUCAGCCAUUCUUCUCCAAAAAAGACAAGCCUUUGUGCAAGAAACAUGCUCACACUGUCAACAUCUGACCUGCUUCUGUGAAUAUGAACGGGAUAGGGCAAUGGUGUCAGUUUACGGCAGUAUAUAUUUCAGUCAGGUGUUAAAUAUUUUCAGAAUUAAAACUGAUCUGAUUUAUCAGUUUGUGUAUUCUAUUAGAAUAACAUGGGGUCAGAGGUUCCACUGUAAGCUUCAUUUUUGCUCUAGUAUUGUUCUCAUUUGCCAUUCUCAUUUGUUAUUUCAUUUCAGUUUCUUCUGGAUUAAUAUGCAGGAGUACAUUUGAAUACACUGUUAGGCCCCUCUGCCAGUUCUAUAUCUGUGCAAGUAGAUUUUUAUUAUGUGUUUGUGCUGGGCUUUUUAUUUGUAUGAGUGGUGCAUUAAAAGCUCUUGAUGGGCAUUUCUUGUUAAACACAGAAUACACAUAGUUUACUGCUAUGACCUACUGAGCCCCUUGGGGGUCACUCAUUUGAAAAAUAUUUGACCAUGAAAAAAGCUAUGCCAUGUGUUAGUAACGCAAGUGCAAGGUUUAGAAAUUAGGAUUAUUUAAUGGGGAAAAAAAAUAUUUAUUUGUAGCAGGGACCACUCAGUCAAUGUCUCUUGGGCAUCUUGCCCUCAGAAUAAAAAUGGGAAGUUUUAUUAUUCUUAUUUUUUAAGUUGUUUUAAAGUAAUAUGUUAUUUAAUGAUUCCCAGUAAAUAAAAGCAGAAAUUAGUAACGUGUGUAAACACUGCAUAGGUCCUACUUUGUAGUUUUCAUAAUUCAUAAAAACAAUGAGGAUAAAGUUUCGUGUAUUUUGAAAGGGCUCUGCGAUAGGACAGAUCAAGUAGUGAUGUUCUGCUGUUUAUGUAUAUUAUGGUCUGUUAGCAUGCUUGUAGUGAAUACCCACAUGAAAAUGUACUUCUUUCAACUCCUUCAUAACAUCAAAAUGCAAUAAAUUUGAAUUCUACAUUAAUAAUUUCUAAGCUAACAUUUUGCCAGACUCUACCCAUCAGUACUUUGCCAUGUUGUAUUUGCUCUCACAUGUUGUUGUGAAGUUUGGUAGAGUUCAGUCAAUUAACACAAAACUAUUUUAAUAUGUACUUCCAGAAGCUGCUGCCAGCUUUCCUUUGGCCUUUCUAUGUAUAGAAAAAAAAUGUAUUUGUGUAAUGGAUAAUUUCUUAUUGGUCACUGUGCAUAAAUCUGCACCUCUUACUUUCAUUUCAAAUAAAAUGGUUCAACC